CCGUGGCUCACCCGGACGCCGGGGCCCAGACGUGGUCUACGUGGGCACGGUGAACACGCAGCACCUGCCGGCCGGGCGCCUCUUCCUGGGCGCCGGGAAGCCGCUGCUCAUGGAGAAGCCGAUGGGCGUCAGCGCCGCCGAGGUCCGGGAGCUGUCGGCGGCCGCCCGGGCCCGCGGGCUCUUCCUCAUGGAGGGCUUCUGGACCCGCUUCUUCCCGGCGUGGGGGCGGCUGCGGGAGCUGCUGGCCGGGGGGGCCCUGGGGGAGCCGCGGCUGCUGCGUGUGGGGCUGGCGUCUCCCCUGGGGGGGGUCCAGCGCCUGGUGGCCCCCGAGCUGGGCGGGGGGGUCCUGCUCGACCUGGGGGGCUACGGGGUGCAGAUGGCCACCGCCCUGCUGGGGGGCGGCCGCCCCCCCCAGCGCCUGUGGGCCCACGGCUGCCUCCACCCCUCCGGGGUGGACGAGUCGGUGACGGUGACGCUGGAGUUCGCGGGGCGCCGCCUGGCCGAGGUCACCUGCUCCAUGGCCGCCGAGCUGCCGGGCGCCGCCACCGUCGGGGGCACAAGCGGGUGGGCCCAGUUCCCCACCCACAUGAACUGCCCCACGGAGCUGGAGGUGGGGGGGCAGCGGGAGCACUUCCCCCUGCCCCCCCCCGCGCUGCCCCUCUGCUUCGCCCACGGCACCGGGCUGCGCUACGAGGCCCAGCACGUGCGGGAGUGCCUGCUGCGGGGGCUGACGGAGAGCCCGGUGAUGCCGCUGGCCGAGAGCGAGGUGGUGGCGGAGCUGCUGGACGAGGCCCGGCGGCAGGUGGGGGCGGCGGGGCCGGAGGGGGCCCCGGCCACGGCCUGACACGCGGCAACACGCCUGGACACGGGCUGACACGCGGGAACAUGUGUGGACACGCCUGGACACGCCGCGGCCCCGCGGGGCUCUGUGACCCCCCCAAUAAAGCGCUUGAACCUGC